CGGUCCUUUGCGACUCUUUCUUGGAUACUUCCGGUACUGCGUGGAGAGCUGGCAAAGUUGCACGAAAGUUUUUCUGUUUGUUUUGUACAGUGUUACGCGAUUGUUUCCUCGUCCUACAUUCUUAGUACAUACAGAUAUCAAGACGCGUGGAUUGUUUCGCAUUGUACUCAGAUGAUGAACAUGUCGGCGAACAACUUGUAUAAUGACCAAGGAGGAGCCGAGCCAGCCGUAGAGGCUGGACAGGAGACAACUCCGACUUCUUCAUCUGCAGGGGUGGGAUCUGGCCUUUUCAGCAGUGAUUUCAAAAAGAACGAUGACCUGAAGGAAAUGCUGGAGAGCAACAAGGAGUCCCUGAAACUGGAGGCGAUGAAAAGGAUUGUGGGGCUGAUGUCCAGGGGGAGGAACGCUUCAGAUCUCUUCCCGGCUGUCGUGAAGAAUGUGGCGAACAAGAACAUUGAGCUGAAGAAACUGGUUUAUGUCUACCUGGUCAGAUACGCCGAGGAGCAGCAGGAUCUUGCCUUGCUGUCCAUCAGCACCUUUCAACGUGGCCUCAAGGACCCGAAUCAGCUGAUCCGAGCCAGCGCUCUCAGGGUCCUGUCCAGCAUCCGUGUGCCCAUCAUCGUGCCCAUCAUGAUGCUGGCGAUCAAGGAGGCGGCUGCGGAUUUGUCCCCGUACGUCAGGAAGACUGCAGCCCACGCCAUCCAGAAGCUGUACAGUCUUGACCCCGAGCAAAAAGACCAUCUGAUUGAGGUGAUUGAAAAAUUGUUGAAGGACAAAAGCACACUUGUGGCAGGCAGCGUGGUCAUGGCCUUUGAGGAGGUAUGUCCGGACCGCAUCGAUCUGAUCCACAAGAACUACCGCAAGCUCUGCCACCUACUGGUGGAUGUGGAGGAGUGGGGCCAGGUGGUCAUCAUAAACAUGCUGACACGCUACGCCCGAACGCAGUUCCUCAGCCCAUGGAGGGAGGACGCCCAGUUCGACGAGAACAGCGAGAAGACCUUUUACGACUCUGAUGAGGAGAAAGAGCAGGCCGACAGCAGGCCCUAUGUGAUGGAUCCAGACCACCGUCUGCUGCUUAGGAACACCAAGCCGCUGCUGCAGAGCCGAAACACUGCGGUGGUGAUGGCAGUGUCCCAGCUGUACUGGCACCUGGCCCCGAAGCACGAGGUGAACGUUGUCACCAAGUCGCUGGUCCGGCUCCUGCGCAGCCACAGAGAAGUUCAGUAUAUUGUUUUACAGAACAUUGCCACCAUGUCAAUUCAGAGAAAGGGCAUGUUUGAACCUUUCCUGAAGAGCUUCUUUGUGAGAUCUACAGAUGCUACCCACAUCAAAACCCUGAAGCUGGAGAUCCUAACAAACCUGGCCAACGAGGCAAACAUCUCCACCAUCCUCCGGGAGUUCCAGACAUAUGUGAAAAGCCAGGACAAGGCCUUUGCCGCCGCGACCAUCCAGGCGAUCGGCCGGUGCGCGACAAACAUCGACGAGGUUACUGACACGUGCCUCAACGGCCUGGUCCUGCUGCUGUCCAACCGAAACGAGACGGUAGUGGCGGAGAGCGUGGUGGUCAUCAAGAAGCUACUACAGACACAGCCGUCCCAGCACAGCGAUAUCAUCAAGCACAUGGCCAAGCUGCUGGACAGCAUCACGGUACCCAUGGCCAGAGCCAGCAUCCUCUGGCUCAUCGGGGAGUACUGCGAGCGGGUCCCCAAGAUUGCACCCGACGUGCUGAGGAAGACGGCCAAGACCUUCACAGCCGAGGAGGACAUCGUCAAGCUGCAGAUCCUCAACCUGGCUGCUAAGCUCUACCUCACCAACUCCAAGCAGACGAAACUGCUCACUCAGUACAUUUUAAACCUGGGCAAGUACGACCAGAAUUACGACAUACGGGACCGAACCCGAUUCGUCAGGCAACUGAUCGUCCCCAACGAGAAGAGCGGCGCUCUCAGCAAAUACGCCAAGAGGAUCCUUCUGGCCUCCAAGCCAGCCCCCGUGCUGGAGUCCACCUUCAAAGAUAGGGAUCGCUUCCAGCUGGGGACUCUGUCUCACACCCUCAACACCAAAGCCAGCGGCUAUCUGGAGCUGUCUGACUGGCCGAAGGUGGCCCCCGACCAGUCUGUGAGGAACGUGGAGGUGUUCGAGCCGGUGAAAGAGUGGGCGCCAUCGGUUGGAAAGGCUAAGCCAGCGAAGUCUGACAAGUUCUACUCGGACUCCGAGGAAGAGGAGGAGGAGGAGGAGGCAUCCGGAAGUAGCAGCAGUGCUGAGGACAGCAGCAGUAGUGAAGAAGAGUCCGGGAGCGAGGAUGACGAGAGCAAGAGUGAUGAAGGUUCUGACAAGAGCUCCACCCAGUCGGAGUCUGACGAGAAGCAGCAGGUCCUCCGGAAGACAGCUGGCCGAGGCCUGCAGGACAGUUACUCAGAAGAUGAGAAGACAGCAAUCAGACCAAAACCCAAAACAAGAGGCACCCAAUUCCAGCCCAAAGCCAGCUCCUCCUCCGGCUCCUCCUCCUGCUCCCAGUCUUCCUCUGAGGCAGACUCGGACUCUGACUCCGAUGGCAGUGCUGGGCUGGAGCAGAAGCAGAUCUCAAAGCCCAAGGCUGAAGUAAAGGUGAAAAAGGAGGUGUCCUUGCUGGAUUUAGAUGACUUCAACCCCGUCUCAGCAUCCGUGCCCAAGGCCUCUAUUCUCUCACCCAGCCUGCUGAGUGACCUGGAAGGCCUGUCCCUCUCCGGCGUCUCUGCAGCCAUUGAGGUCAGCUCCCCAGUCUUCGUGCCCCACAUGUCCCACGAGCUGCUGCACCGCAUGAGCGGCAAGGGCCUGGCGGCAUGCUACCACUUCCCUAGGCAGCCGUGCAUCUACGACCCGCGCAUGGUGUCCGUGCAGCUCACCUUCACCAACUGCGGCGAGCAGCCGGUGCAGGACCUGCGCGUGGGGGAGGCCUCCCCGCCGGCACUCAGCCUCCACCGCUUUGCCGCCGUCGAGCGUCUGGAGCCUGACUCCUCCAUCACCGUGUCCAUGGGCAUCGACUUCAAUGACUCCACUCAAGCUGCCAGCUUCCAGCUUUGCACCAAGGAGGACCAGUUCAGCGUGUCCGUGCAGCCAGCGGUGGGAGAGCUCUUCAUGCCCGUCACCAUGACAGAGCAGGACUUCCACAAGGAGCAAGGGAAAUUGACUGGGAUGAACGAGAGUUCGACAACCGUCACCGUGGCCUCUGAGAGCACAUCUGCGCAGAUCAUCACCAGGAAGGUGGUGUGUGUGGCCAACAUGGGGGUGGUGCCCUCCAGCCAGACCAACGUCCACAGGUUCGCCGCCAAGACCGCCAGCAGCGAGGCCCUGGUCCUGGCCACCGUCGAGCUGAAGGAGGCAUCGGCUGCCAGGCUGCUGGUGAACACCGAGGAGACGGUGAUUGGCUCCAUGCUGCUGCGGGAUCUGAAGACCGCUCUGUCUCAGGGGUAGAGAUCUCGCAGCUGGACCUCCAAGCCCGGCAUGCUGCAAACAUUUACCGCAUUAAAGCCGCCAUCUGGUGCUGCCCUCCGAGGAAAGAGAGAGCCGCCGGGAGGGGGGGCGGAGCGGGAGAGGAGGGGGGACAUGUCAAAACGGUGCUGGAGCCCCUCUAAACACUGUCUAAGUGCUGCCAAACCAGCGCCACUCCUACCACACACACACACACGCACACACACACCUCUUAAGUAAGGCCAAGUUUGUUGCAAGUUUUUCACUUUUAUUCCCAUAAAUUUGCUUCUCCUGUUUCCAUGUGCACACAAGCACAGGUUCACCAAUACACAAUAAAGCCCACAGUUGUGGUGCAGAAAUCUGACUGACGGGAAGCUCAAUUUUUUUUCUUUCUCAAUUAUUUUACAUUGUAUAGAGAAUUUUUUGAGGAAAUUUGCCUUAGAAGUCCUCAAUGCCAAAGGUUUGUGACGAUGCACCGUGGCCCCUAAGGGCCCCUAAGUUUGCCCCUCUGUGUGCCACCUCUGGAUGAACAGACAUGGCAGUUUUCACUGACAAUAUUCAAGUGCCUCUCUGUGCAAAUUAAGUGAAGGUAUAUUAUAAUGACCAAAAAAAAAACAGUAUUUGUUGAUUGUGUUCCUUAUGAUCCAAAAUAAAGAGCGUUAGUGAUGA